GAGAGCAGUGACAGGCCGAAGAUCGCGGGCUGGCUGUUUAGAUCCAAACUCCAGCCCGCCGACUGGCAGCGAGGAAUUGAGAGAAACAUGGCUCGGCCGUACGUUUGCCUGCUGGCCCUGGCGGCUGUGCUACUGCUAGGCAUCGCCGCCGUCUCCAGAUCGAAGGGCCUGCGGGGCAAGGGGCAUCAGAGGGCGCCGCGAAUCCCUUCUCAGUUCAGCCACGAGGAGCGCGUCGCAAUGAAGGAGGCUCUGAAAGGUGCCAUCCGGAUUCCAACAGUGUCUUUCAGCCCCGAGGAGCUCAACACGACAGCCCUGGCUGAGUUUGGAGAAUACAUUCAUAAAGUCUUUCCUACUGUGUUCAAAACCAGCUUUAUCCGGCACGAAGCUGUGGGAGAGUACAGCCACCUGUUCACUGUCCAAGGCUCGGACCCCAGCCUGCAGCCCUACAUGCUCCUCGCUCACAUUGAUGUGGUGCCUGCCCCUGAUGAAGGCUGGGACGUGCCCCCGUUCUCUGGGUUGGAGAGUGAUGGCUUCAUCUAUGGUCGAGGCACACUGGACAACAAGAACUCUCUUAUGGCAGUCCUGCAGGCCUUGGAGCUUCUGCUGAUCAGAAACUACAUCCCCCGAAGAUCUUUCUUCAUUGCUCUGGGCCAUGAUGAGGAGGUAUCAGGGGUAAAUGGGGCUCAGAAGAUCUCAGCCCUGCUACAGGCAAGGGGCAUCCAGCUAGCCUUCAUUGUGGAUGAGGGGAGCUCCAUCUUGGAUGGUUUCAUUCCCAACCUCCAGAAGCCCUUUGCCAUGGUUUCAGUCUCCGAGAAGGGUGCAAUUGACCUCAUGCUGCAAGUAAACAUGACUCCAGGCCAUUCUUCAGCUCCUCCAAAGGAAACAAGCAUUGGCAUCCUCGCAGCUGCUGUCAGCCGACUGGAGCAGACACCAAUGCCGAACAUGUUUGGAGGCGGGCCGUUGAAGAUGGCAUUGCAGCAGCUGGCAAACGAGUUCCCCUUCCCGACCAACAUAGUCUUGAGCAACCUGUGGCUAUUUCAGCCCCUUGUAAGCAGGUCGAUGGAGAGGAAUUACAUAACCAAUGCGCUGGUCAGGACCACCACGGCACUCACCAUGUUCAAUGCAGGGGUCAAGGUGAAUGUCAUCCCCCCUGUGGCCCAGGCCACCGUCAACUUCCGAAUUCACCCUGCACAGACAGUCCAGGAGGUCCUAAAACUAGCCAAGGACAUUGUGGCUGACGACCGGAUCCAGUUCCACGUGUUGAAUGCCUUUGACCCCCUGCCUGUCAGCCCCUCUGAUGAUCAGGCCUUGGGCUACCAGCUGCUCCGCCAGACCAUACAGUCUGUCUUCCCGGAAGUCAACAUUGUUGCCCCAGGUACUUGUAUUGGCAACACAGACAGCAGACACUAUGUGAACCUUACCACUGGCAUCUACCGGUUCAACCCCAUCUACCUGCAGCCUCAGAGCUUCAGCAGCAUCCACGGAAUCAAUGAGAAGAUCUCAGUCCAAGCCUACGAGACCCAGGUGAAAUUCAUCUUCGAGUUCCUCCAGAACGCUGACGCAGACCCAAGGCCAGUUCCUCACCUGCACGAACUGUGAGGUCGGGGAGCCAGCUGGAUCAGGGAUGGCUGAUGCUGGGCCAGGACUAACCCAAGGGGGAAGCCAGUGUUGAUGAAACUUUGGGUCAAAGUCACAUUAUAAUGACCUCACCCACCUGCCUUGCUCACUCCUAAACUCACUCAACACUCAAGAACAAGGCCAGGGAGAAGGGGAAGGCCAGGAGGAGCCCGGCUUCUCCCUUCCUCCCGGCAACUCCAUCCCUCAGCUGACCGGCAUUUACUGCCUUCUUGUCACUACUUUAGAAGGUAUCUGGCCUGUCUGUCUCACGCUGGUGAUUUAACUGCUCCUUGUUAAGUCCUGACUGAACAAAUGCAGAUUUGAAAAAUAUCAACCAGAUUUGACCUUCUACAAGUGUUUAAUUUAGGGCACGCUUGUUGGGCUGCCUUUUCCAUGGCUUAUAUAUUUCUUCUUGCUGUAAUUUCCUUUCCUCCCCCACCCCCCGCCCCUUCUUCUUGGAUUGUUUAGCUGUCUCUUCAUCUCUCCUCUCCUGCCCCUGCAUCCCUCCCCUUACCCUCCCUUUUAUUCUACACCUGGAGCAAGACUUGGUCAAACUAUGAUACUCCCAUAAUUACCACAACAAUUGGUCAGAUAAAAUGGUCUAUGC